AUGAGUGCUCCAUGGGAACACGACCGAGUAUCUGAGGAAGAUACACCAGAAAUACGACCGGUGACUUCUGACGAAGAAGUACCACCAUUUACGCUCAGUGACGCCACCACAGAGGAGUUAAAAGACCUCUACGACAAAAAGUCGACAGAAGCGGCAAACACGGGAGUCUACAAUGAUGACUUCAGCAAAAUUGCCUUCAUCCUCUCUCAAAUCGACUCCUCGUCCACAGCAGGAAAGUGGGCUGAGUCAUGGGAAGCCAAUCAAAUGGCAAAACACAGCAAUCUUGGGACGUACCAAGAUUUCAAAAUGACGCUUACUGAAAAGUAUGGAGGUGUCACAACGAAGGACCAAGCUUGGCAAGUACUUCUCGAAGGGAAGUACAAGCAGAACAAGCAAACCGUCAACGAGUAUAUCGGAAAUCUCGAUAUUCUCUACCGAUAUGCUGAAAUCGACGACGAAUACGCCAAGCUCAUUCACUUCAAAUGA